GGUGCGUGACGUCAUCGGCGGGCGCCCACGAAGAUAGAAGAAGAAGAUGUCGAGCCUCCUGAGCGCGACGCUGAAAGGCCUCAACAGCGACUCUGAUUGCGAAAUCAGCGAAUACAGGGACCAGCACUUCAGGGGGAACCUUGACCUGCAAGAGAAAGCCCUGAAGGCCUCCUGCACGCUUUACGUGGGCAACCUGUCCUUCUACACGACGGAGGAGCAGAUCCACGAGCUCUUUUCCAAGUGCGGGGAUGUCAAGCGCAUCAUCAUGGGGCUGGACAAAGUGAAGAAGACCCCGUGCGGCUUCUGCUUCGUGGAAUACUACACAAGAGCAGAAGCUGAGCACGCCAUGCGCUACAUCAAUGGAACCCGGCUGGACGACCGCAUCAUCCGGACAGAUUGGGACGCGGGGUUCAAGGAAGGGCGGCAGUAUGGCCGCGGCAGAACGGGGGGGCAGGUACGCGAUGAAUACCGGAAAGACUACGAUGCGGGAAGAGGAGGCUUUGGCAAGAUAGUUCAGAUGGAGAAGAAGAACCAGGAGGCAGCCAUCUAUUAACAGCUUCAAGGACUGAAAGUGGGGUGGGAAUAGGGAGAUGGGAGGAACAAGGCAAGGAGGACAGGAUCCUUCCGGGACCGAAGGGUGCAAGAAAAUAUGAUGGCUGCCUGGAAGACAUCUUUGCAGUCUGGGUCUCUGGCAUCUGAGGGACCUUUCCCUCAUCUUCCACCACAUUGGUAUCAGCUUCUGCGAUUGUAAACUCACUCUGUCAGAACUGACAUAGAGAUCCAGAGGGAACAAGUGUUGUCAGUAACUCUUUUAAGAAACCAUGAUCUGUAGAGCUUGGGUGGUUAUUUCCCUGCCUUUUGUGGUAACUGGAGUAUCCCCAGUUUAUUGGUUUGGACUUAAUAUUCCUUUUCUAAGAGAGAGAACCCCAAUAAAAGGCCCCUUUAACACA